AUGGACGAAGACGUACGACACAGAGAUAGUAUCAUCAGUGAUGACGGAGACAAAGAUAAUAUGGAAUCACAGACAUCAAAUCAAAUGACUAUGAAAGCUAUUCCCGGCGCGAAUGGAGUUUCUGCACCGUUAACUGCAUCGGAACAAAUAAGAAUGCUACAAAAUUUUCUUCUGGUGUGGCUGCACGCUCAUAUCGAUGACAAUAAUACAGAUUUUACAACCUCACUCACAAAAGUUCGAAGCACUGUGAGCCCAUUAAUCGAAUUCACUGAAGUUGAUCAAUGUGUCGAUUAUUUGGAAAGUAGCCGUGAUCAGACGAUCCUUUUGAUUGUUAGUGGGACAUUUGUUGAAGAUAUAAUGCCUCUCAUACACGAUAUGUCUCAACUCGACACCGUCGUUAUCUUCCAUAGAGAAGAAACACAACAGAAAGAAUUGGCAAAUAAAUGGUCAAAAGUUCAAGGUUCUUUUACUUCAAUCGAAUCUGUAUGUGAGUCAUUAAAAAUAGCCACUGAACAAUGCGAACAUGAUGCCAUGCCGAUAAGCUUCGUUUCAAAGGACAUUGUAAUCGAAGCAUCAACGAAUAAUAAAUCUCUAGAUCGAUUAGAGCCGUCUUAUAUGUAUUCGGUACUAUUUAAAGAAAUCAUAUUGGAAAUAGAAGAGGAUGAUAUUCAAGCAAUGAAAGAUCUGGUUGUCUAUUGUCGACAGAAAGACAUUGAUGAAAAUCAAUUGAACAAAUUCGAAUGUGAUUAUCACUGUAGAUCGCCAAUCUGGUGGUACACUUGUGAAAAUUUUUUAUAUCGUAUGCUCAAUCGUGCUUUGGGUUCACUUGAUAUGGAGAUUAUGACAAAGUUAGGCUUCUUCAUUCGUAGUCUUCAUCGGCAAUUAGAGCAAUUACAUCAAGAACAAUCAUCUGACUAUUUGAAACCAUUUCAAGUGUAUCGUGGCCAAGGAUUUUCUAAAGAGAACUUUGAAAAUAUAUGCAAUACAAAAGGUGGACUUCUCUCGUUCAACAAUUUCUUAUCUACAAGUAGAGAACCUAAAAUAGCAGAAGAAUUUCUUAAACGUGCUGUUAACAAAAAUGAACAACGCAUCGGCGUUCUUUUUAUUAUAACGAUCAAUCUAAGUAAAGUAUCUGGUGCGACUACUCCAUUCGCUCUUAUUGAAAAGUACAGUUCGAUUCCACGAGAAAGAGAAAUUCUCUUUUCGAUGCAUACGGUUUUUCGUGUAGAUAAAAUAAAAGAAACAGUUGGCAACAGUCGCAUUUGGGAAGUUCACUUGACUCUAACUGACACCAAUGAUCCAGAACUAGCCGCUCUUACGUGUCGCAUACGAGAAGAACUUUGUGGAUCUACGCCUUUGCAACGAUUGGGCCAUUUAAUGAUAACAGUUGGCGAUUUCAAUCAAGCUGAAGAAAUAUACAAUAGAUUACUCGAGAAUAUUUGUAGUGACGAUGACAGAAUACAUAUCUACCAUCAACUUGGACUAUUAAGCGCUGGUCAAGAUCAAUACACAGAUGCAGCCACAUUCUACGAAAAGUCUCUGGAAAUCAAGCAAAAAACUCUUCCAGAAGAUCAUUUAUCAUUAGCUACUUCCUACAAUAAUCUUGGUGGAGUAUACCAAAAGAAGGGUGAAUACUUGAAAGCACAUGAAUUUUACGAAAAAGCACUUCAAAUAAAAAUGAAAACUGUUGAUGCAAAUGAUCUCGCAUGUGCUACUUCCUAUAACAACAUUGGCUCCGUGUAUUACGAUAUGGCUGAUUACUCGAAGACAAUUGAAUUAUACAACAAGGCUCUUCAAAUAUUCGAAACACAUUUGCCACGAAAUCAUCCAUCAGUAGCUACUUCCUACAGCAACCUGGGUGGAGUGUAUUAUAAAAUUAGCGAUUAUCCAAUGGCACGUAAAUUUUAUGAAACAGCACAUAAAAUAUUCGAAAAUGUUCUCCUUCCGAAUCAUACUGAUUUGGCUACAUCGUAUAGCAACAUCGGUCGAGUCUAUCACAAAUUGGAUCAGUACCCAAAAGCACUCGAACUUUAUGAAAAAGCACUAACCAUACUUAAAAUAAGAGAAAAAGCGCUUCAUUGGAAUCUUACUGACUUGGCUACUUACUAUAACAAUAUUGGUACAGUAUAUAGCGAUAGUGGUGACCUUGCGAAAGCGCUAGAGUUUCAUCAAAAUGCACUUAAAAUACGAGAAAAAGCUCUGGAUCCGAAUCAUCCAAAUUUGGCUAGUUCCUAUAAUAAUAUUGGUGAAUUAUAUCAACAGAUGAGUGACCAUUCCAAGGCACUUGAAUUUUAUGAAAAAGCAUGUGAGAUAAGAGAAAAAUCUCUGCCUGCGAAUCAUCCCGAUUUGGCAACUUCGUAUAACAAUAUCGGUGAAGUAUAUCAAAGUAUGCAUCGAGACGAUAAAGCACUUCAAUCGUAUCAAAAAGCGCUCAACAUAAGAGAAACAGCUCUACCUUCAAAUCAUCCAUCGUUAGCCACUUCCUACAAUAAUAUGGGUCAAAUAUUUUACAUCAAACGUGAAUACCAGAAAGCACUAAGAUUCUACAAAAUAGCAUGUCAAAUAUUGGAAACAGCUUCGCCUACGAAUAGUCGAGAUAUAGCUGCUUCCUACAACAACAUUGGUGAAGUAUACUACAGUGUGAAUAACUACUGCAAAGCACUUGAGUUUUACAAAACUGCAUGCGAAAUCAGAGAAAAAACUUUGCAACCAAAUCAUCCGACUUUGGCUGAAUCCUACAACAAUAUUGGUGUAGUAUAUAAUGACAUUGGUGACUAUCAGAAUGCUCUUGAAUUUUUUAAAAAGUCACAUAAAAUCAGAGAAAAAACUCUAUGCCAGAAUGAUCCCAAUUUAGCUGAUUCGUACAGCACCAUUGGUGAAAUAAGCAAGGACCUUGGUGACUACACAUUAGCACUUGAAUAUUAUGUAAAAGCGCUUGAAAUAAGAGGAAAUGCUUUAUCUCCAAAUCAUCUUGACUUAGCUACGUCUUAUAGUGGUAUCGGGCAUGUGUAUAACAACAUGGCUGAUUAUCCGAAAGCUCUUGAAUUUUACAGAAAAGCACUUGAAUUAAGAGAAGCAAAUCUACCAGCUGACAAUAAAGAUCUGGCCACUUCCUACAACAAUAUAGCAUCCCAUUAUCAUGCCAUGGGUAAUUAUGAAAAAGCGCAUAACGCUGUUUUAAAAGCUUUUAAAAUUCAACAAAAGAAUUUUCCAGAAGGCCACCAAGACUUUGCCUCUACAUACAAUUUAUUUGGAAAAAUUUAUCGCAGUAUGAAAGAUUAUUCAAGGGCACUUCACUAUUUUAAAGAGUGUCUCAUGAUAUUUCAACAGCCCGAACUGAAAACGCAUCCUAGUCGGGCUAUCACAUACAGUAAUAUUGGUGACGUUAUUCAAUUGAUGGGACAUUAUGAAAUGGCAUUCUCAUUUCAUCGCAAAGCAUUAAAAAUACAAGAUAAUACACAGUAUAAUUCUUUGGAAUCCUCAAUGAUUUAUACCAAUUUAGGGGAAACGUGCCGUGAAAUGAAAGAUUAUUCAACAGCAAUUACAUAUUUGCAAAGAGCAUUACAAAUACGUGAAAACAAAUUACCAAAGAAUCAUCCUGACUUAGCUGUAACUUAUCACAGUUUGGCAAAAUCAUACAUAGCUACUCGGCAAUAUGAUAUGGCGAUGAAAAAUGCUCAACAAGCAGUAGACAUUGCUAAAGAAAAGUUACCUUCAAAUCAUCCUCAUCUUUUGGAAUAUAGAAACACAUCGGAACAAUUACGAGAUUUGAUGAAUGCAUUUUGA